CAGAGCCUUGGAGAAGACAAAAUGCUUCGGUGCCUCCUAAGCGGGAUUACCGCUUACCAGUUUCUUUGAUUAUUGGGUUUGAUCUUUUGAUGGUGCUUUUACACGAAAUUGAGAUAGCAUCUGGAAAAACCAAGAUUUGAUAGCUUUUUUGAGAAUUUCCUUUCGAACUGUUACUAUCAAACACACGAGUCAAAGACCGAGAUGAAAAUGAGACCGAUUCAUAUCGAGGCUGAGCCUUGUAAGCAUCUCUCUUGGAUUGUAUGAUGGAGGACCAGUCGUCGUCGUCGUCGGCGGUCGCAUCAUCCAAGACCGCCGAUCUGGAUGCUCCCCUUCACGCAAUCGGCUUUGAGAUCGAUGAGUUUUCGGCUCACAGGGUCACCGGCCGUCUUCCGGUCACCCUCAAGUGUUGUCAGGGAUUCGGCGUCUUACACGGAGGCGUCUCUGCUAUGAUAGCAGAGGGUCUUGCAAGUCUUGGAGCUCACUUGGCAAGUGGGUUUCAAAGGAUAGCCGGAAUUCAACUCAGCACCAACCAUGUGAGACCUGUUCAACUCGGUGACGUUGUUUAUGCUGAAGCUACGCCUGUCAGUAUUGGCAAAACCAUUCAGGUUUGGGAGGUGCAACUAUGGAAGACAGAUCCUUCAAAGUCAAAGGACAAAGUCUUGGUGUCAUCGUCGAUAAUGACUUUAAUGUGCAACAUUCCCGUUCCAGAGCAUGCAAAAGCUAAUAUUACGAGGCUCAGGAAGCAUGCCAAGCUGUGAAACUGACCGUGGUGUGGUGACAUGUCAUCAGACCAAUAAUAAGUCCCUUCAUUUUCUGCAUAUGCUCAGUUAUAUAGCUAGACUAUUUUGCUUAAAAAUACAUAAUCUUGUGCAUAUUUGAUUCUUUGAUUAAUGGGGAAAGAUAUUUCUACGAAUUACCUGUUUGAAGUAUAUUA